AUGUACAUAUACAGACCCUUGUCGCCCCACAAAUCCACACCGCGGUUAAAUCUUUCGUCGUCGUACUGCUUGUCAGUGUCAAAGCGUAUAAACGAGAAGGCUGCCACUGUCAAAGAAGGCUUGACUCUAUCAGAAAGGGUCUCAGGCGCGCGUCACGAUGAGACCCCGACACCUGAACAUGAGGCUUGUUCCAAACUGGAGCACUUUAUAUACCCGGCCGUACUGAAAGAAACAAUCACUGCCGAAUUCACAUGCUUCAGCUUGUAA